GAAAGCUCAAGAGGCUUGAAGUGACUUCUCCACUGCCAUAAUGAGCAGCGUCACAUUAACUAACGUAUUUUCUUUUGUUCCGCCUGUGGUAGGUCUUCUGUGGGCCAUCAAGGAGUUGAUCUAUGUUCGCAGCAUCAAACUAGCUGGUCCCUAUAAGGGAAAGUCUGGUAUGCAGGACUCUCUUGUUGCUGGUGAUGCCCGCGAUGUUCAGAAGAUCCUCCUCGCCAUGCGUGAGAUAUCUUCCAACAUCGCUGAAGGUGCCAAUGCGUUCCUCGUUGCUGAGUACAAGUACAUGAUGGUUUAUGUUGUUGUCUUCUCCGUUAUUAUCUGGCCCUGCAUCGGUUUCGGCACCAUGCUUUCCUUUGUUGUGGGUUCUAUUACUUCGAUCGCCUGCGGGUACAUCGGUAUGAAGACUGCUGUAUACUGCAACGUCCGUACCGCUCACGAGUGCUGGAAGAACCUCUCUGACGGUUAUGAUGUUGCUCUCCGCGGUGGUUCUGUCAUGGGUUUUGCUCUCGUGUCUUUGGCUGUUCUUAACUUGGCCAUCCUUGUCACCAUCUACAAUGUUCCUUCUUUCUACAAUGGUGAUCUCCGUGCUCUCUAUGAGGCUCUUACCGGUUACGGUCUGGGUGGUUCCUCUAUUGCUCUGUUCGGCCGUGUCGGUGGUGGUAUUUACACCAAGGCUGCCGAUGUUGGUGCCGAUCUCUCUGGCAAGAAUGAGUACGGUCUUGAUGAGGAUGAUCCGAGGAACCCCGGCUGUAUCGCCGAUAACGUUGGAGAUAACGUUGGUGAUAUUGCCGGUAUGGGUGCUGAUCUUUUCGGUUCUUUCGCCGAGUCUACUUGCGCUGCCAUGGUUAUCUGCUCUGCCGCACCUGAUGCUCUCGUGUCUGCUGAGUGGUCCACUAUGUUGUUCCCAUUGAUGGUCUCUUCCGUUGGUAUUCUUGUUGGUCUUGUUACUAUGCUCACCGUCAACAUCUUCUACAAGGUCAAGGAGAUUCCUGACAUCGAAAAGGCUCUUAAGGGUGUUCUCAUCAUCUCAACCUUGUUGCAGACCCCCACUGUUAUCGCCCUUUCUUGGUGGGCUCUUCCCGCUGGCUAUUUCGCCAUUGACGAGGCUCAUCCUGCUUGCUCGUGGGUUAAGUGCUCUGUGUGCAUUCUUCUCGGUCUUUGGUCCGGUCUCUGCAUUGGCUACACCACUGAAUACUACACUUCUCAGACUUACAAGCCGGUCCGUGAGAUCGCCGAGUCCGAGGGUAUCUCCGCCGCUACUGGCAUCAUCUAUGGUCUUGCUGCUGGUUAUGUUUCUUGCAUCGUCCCCGUUAUCUGCCUGGCCAUCACCAUUUGCGUUGCUCACUCCAUCGCUGGUAUGUUCGGUGUUGCCCUUGGUGCUCUUGGUAUGCUCGGGACUCUCACUAUGUCCCUCACCAUUGAUGCCUACGGUCCCAUCUCUGAUAACGCCGGUGGUAUCGCUGAGAUGUCCGAGUUGGGUCCCGAGGUUAGGGAACUCACUGAUGCUCUUGAUGCCGCUGGUAACACCACCGCUGCCAUUGGUAAGGGCUUUGCCAUCGGAUCUGCCGCUCUCGUAUCCCUCGCACUAUUCGGCGCUUAUACCGUCCGUGCUGACAUCUCCAAGGUGAAUAUCCUCGAUCCUUGGACCUUCACUGGUCUUCUCUUCGGCGCUAUGAUGCCUUAUGCUUUCUCUGCUAUGACUAUGAAGUCUGUUGGUAAGGCUGCUAACCAGAUGGUCGAGGAGUGCAUGUCGCAGUUCCCCAAGAUCAUCUCUGGUGAGAUGAAGCCCAACUACACUAAGUGCAUCAAGAUCGCCACUGACGCCUCUCUUAUGGAGAUGAUCGCCCCUGGUUGCUUGGUUAUCCUCUCCCCUCUCGUUGCUGGUCUCCUCUUCGGUAAGAACUGCACUGCCGGUCUUUUGUGCGGUGCUCUUGUCUCUGGCGUCCAGAUGGCCAUUUCCAUGUCUAACACUGGUGGCGCUUGGGAUAAUGCCAAGAAGUACAUCGAGGCCGGUGGUCUUGGUCCCGAGUGCGGUAAGGGCUCCCAGGCUCAUAAGAACGCUGUGACUGGUGAUACCGUCGGUGACCCGCUCAAGGAUACCUCUGGUCCUGCCAUCAACAUCGUUAUUAAGCUUUCUGCCAUCAUGUCUCUCGUCUUCGGUGGCGUUAUUGCCAAGACUUCGAACGAGAAUGGCGGUCCUUUCUGGUUGUAAACCUAUUCGUAUUCAUAUAGUACAUUUACUUAUUCGCUGUUCCUAAGUUGCUCCCUUCUGGUGUGUGUUCGGAUAAG